UUCUUUUUAGAAUUUUAAAGAUGUUUAUCGAACAAAUCUAUGUAAAAAGAUGUACAAUUAGACAAUUAGCAUCGUUUAUCAUUUUUGACUGAUGUCUGUGUUUUUUUUACAAAAUUUUGAAAAAGCGCGGAACGAAAGUUACAAAAUUGAUGAGGCGGGGGAACAAAAUUUGUGUUGCCUCCAACACUUACUCAAGAACUAGAAAGAGAACGGGAAGCUCUCAAGGCCUCAAUCAUCUUCUCCAGCAAUUGCAACCAGAAACCAUCAUUGUUUCAGUCACUGGGGUCUUUACCGAGCUUAUUCAGCAGAUGCAAGUAAAAGGUGUGCAGAUUGAGGAGUUGUAUUCAUUGGACAUUGAUUCUCUGAACAAUCUGAGGUAUGUCAGUAGCUGUUUAAGCUUUCGCCACCUUGUUAGAUAUAUUUAUAUAAUCUGUUUUAAGUUUAUAUCUUACUGCCACUGUUUUAAGUUUAUAUCUUACUGCAAGCUAGUGAUACUGAUCACCAUGCUGAAGUUAGUGUAAGUCUACCAUUUCACUCACUAUACCCAUUUUACAUAACACUGUUCUAAGGAGUUCAGUUCUAUGUAUUCUGUCUCUAUAUACAUUAUAAAGCUAUCAUCUUUAAUUAUUUACCUUCCACAAUCUCUUCCCAUAAUAUACCGCUUGGCCAAGGCACAAAUCUCUUUGGUUGAAUAUCCUUAUGUUAUCAUAUGCAUAUUGUCAUUUAGAAAUUUAUGUAGUUCACCCUUGUUUGAUCCAAUUUAGAAAUUUAUUGUGUUUCUGUUAUGUAUAUUAGUUUGGUAAUCUGAAAUUCUGAAUUACUAAGUUGAAGAAGUUGUUGUGUACUAAUGGAGUAAUGGGUAAUCUGAAUUACUAAUGGGUACUUGGGUAGUCGAACAUUAAAACACGAAGAAGAAGUUGCUGUGUACUAAGGGAGUAAUGGGUAAUCUGAAUUACUAAGUUGCUAAUUUGCUAUGUACUAAAAGUUGCUAUAUUAGGUUAUUUUAUUUAUUAUUAUUAUUUAUUUUUAGUCUGAAUUUAAUUUUAUGAAACCUGAGGGAGGAGAGCUCCAAAUUUUAGUGAAAGCUGCAUCUUGGCUAUUGACAUUGGUCUCCAAUUC